CCCGGCUUCUCUCCCUCUUUUGCAACUGCGAGCUCUGUGCGUGCGCGUGUUUUUCUUUGCACCGAGCCUUGUUGUUUACCCAGCAGGUGGAUGUGACGUCAGAGACUCAUAACAGCAAAAAAUAACAACAUCUCCCUCCGCGGGGGUGUUAUUUCUCUCCCCCCUCCCCCCCCCAGCUUUGCCGCCUCAUUCCUCCCUGCUGGCAAACUCCAGAGUGGCCGCGCAAGGCGCCUGGAGCCGAGCCGGGAGCGGCGGGGGCUGGGAGCCGGGAGCGGGGCUGGCCCUGCCAGGCGCUUGGGCUCCCCUGGAAGCUAGUCCCGAGCGGAGGGCUCUAUUGUUAUUUAUUGUGCGGCUGUUGCACGCUGUGCCCGCUGCCCAGGCUCGGCGCAUGGGGCUUGCCCGGCUAGAGUGCAGGGAGGGACGGGCAGGCAGACUCACCCGCGCUGGGGGGAGCCCGUAGUGGGCACCGACAGGCCGUCUCCAGCGGAGCCCAAAGUUUUGCCUGCCGGAGCAGCAGCAGCAUUUGCUGAGGAGCUGUGUACUGGCGAUCAUUCACUCAGAGCCUUUCUCACUGCUAUCUCUCGUCAAUCUCCUGAGAACCACUUUCUGAGUGAUUCCUGCUUCCAAACAUGUUUCCCAUGGUAGGGGUUUUGAUCCCUUGCCAGAUUUGCCCUGAGCCAUGAGUGAAUAUGUGUAAUGCCCACAAGUAAAACUGGGUAAGAAGAGUGACCUUUUUGGGUGGCUGUAACUGAAGAUUGCUUUGCAGAAGCAACUAAAGUAGGAUGAAAUUCAUGGAGUUCAAGCAAAUAUUGCAAUCUAUGGCUGUUCCUGUGGUUUAUGUCAGCAACACAGUUUUUGAGUCAUGAUGCAAGAAUCUGGGAUUGAGACAAAAAGUAACGGUUCAGCUAUUCAGAAUGGAGCAAGCAGUGGCAACCAUUUACUAGAGUGCAGUCUACGGGAAGUGAGAUCCAACGGUGAGACACCUUCAGUUGAAAUUGGGGCUGCAGAUUUAGCACAUCUUCAGCAACAGCAGGCUCUGCAGGUGGCACGACAGUUUCUACUGCAGCAACAGCAGCAGCAACAAGUUAGUGGAUUAAAGUCACCCAAGAGGAAUGACAAACAACCAGCCCUUCAGGUCCCAGUGUCAGUGGCUAUGAUGACACCUCAAGUUAUCACUCCCCAACAAAUGCAGCAGAUCCUCCAGCAACAAGUGCUAACUCCCCAGCAACUCCAGGUCCUGCUCCAGCAGCAGCAGGCACUCAUGCUUCAACAGCAGCAGCUUCAGGAGUUUUAUAAGAAACAACAGGAACAGUUGCAGCUUCAACUUUUACAGCAACAACAUGCUGGAAAACAGCCUAAAGAGCCACAGCAACAGCAAGUGGCUACACAACAGUUGGCCUUUCAGCAGCAGCUCUUACAGAUGCAACAACUGCAGCAACAGCAUCUCCUGUCUUUGCAGCGUCAAGGUCUGCUAACAAUCCAGCCUGGCCAGGCUACCCUGCCUUUGCAGCCUCUUGCUCAAGGCAUGAUUCCAACAGAACUGCAGCAGCUCUGGAAAGAAGUGACAAGCUCUCAUACAGCAGAGGAAAUAGCAAGCAACAACCACAGCAGUUUGGAUCUGUCCACCACAUGUGUCUCCUCUUCAGCACCUUCUAAGACCUCCUUAAUAAUAAACCCACACGCCUCAACUAAUGGACAGCUAUCGGUCCACACUCCUAAAAGGGAGAGUUUAUCCCAUGAGGAGCACUCACAUAGCCAUCCGCUCUAUGGACAUGGUGUAUGCAAAUGGCCAGGCUGUGAAGCAGUUUGUGAAGACUUCCAAUCAUUUCUAAAACAUCUCAACAAUGAGCAUGCGCUGGAUGAUAGAAGUACAGCCCAAUGUAGAGUACAAAUGCAGGUUGUUCAGCAGUUAGAGCUACAGCUUGCAAAAGACAAAGAGCGCCUGCAAGCUAUGAUGACACACCUGCAUGUGAAGUCAACUGAACCAAAAGCCACCCCUCAGCCUCUGAAUCUGGUAUCAAGUGUCACACUGUCAAAGACUGCCUCUGAGGCGUCUCCACAGAGCUUACCUCAUACUCCGACCACCCCAACUACACCCAUCACUCCUGUCAUCCAGGGUCCUUCUGUCAUCACUACCACCAGCAUGCACAACGUUGAACCAAUCAGGAGGCGGUGCCCUAAUAAAUACAAUGUGGCCAUUUCUUCAGCAGAUCUUGCUCAGAACCAAGAAUUUUAUAAGAACGCAGAGGUUAGACCACCAUUCACGUAUGCAUCUUUAAUUAGGCAGGCUAUCCUCGAAUCUCCAGAAAAGCAACUAACACUAAAUGAAAUCUACAACUGGUUCACACGAAUGUUUGCUUACUUCAGACGCAAUGCAGCAACAUGGAAGAAUGCAGUGCGUCAUAAUCUUAGUCUUCACAAGUGUUUUGUGCGAGUAGAAAACGUUAAAGGGGCAGUAUGGACAGUGGAUGAACUAGAGUUCCAAAAACGAAGGCCACAAAAGAUCAGUGGUAACCCUUCUCUUAUUAAAAACAUACAGACCAGCCACACCUACUGCACACCUCUCAAUGCUGCUUUACAGGCUUCAAUGGCUGAUAACAGUAUACCUCUAUACACUACUGCUUCCAUGGGAAAUCCCACUCUGGGCAAUUUAGCCAGUGCUAUGAGGGAAGAUCUUAAUGGUGCAAUGGAGCAUACGAACAGUAAUGAGAGUGACAGUAGUCCAGGACGUUCCCCUAUGCAAGCAAUGCACCCUGUGCAUGUCAAAGAAGAACCGUUGGAUCCGGACGAAAACGAAGGCCCGCUAUCCUUAGUGACAACAGCCAAUCACAGUCCAGAUUUUGAUCAUGACAGAGAUUAUGAAGAUGAACCUGUAAAUGAGGACAUAGAAUGAGUAUGCCUGAUGUCAUUAUCCUGAGAAUGAAGAUUGGAAAAACAUGUCAAAUUUAGCUGUGAAAUCUCUCCAUUAUUGUACAGUCUGGAGGAUUUUCAGUACACUUUGACAACUAUGAAAUAUGUUAACUCUUAGUGCCAUCAAGUAUCCCAUUUGGGAGUAUUUUUGAUUUUUCUACUUUUUGUUGAAAAAAGGAAUUUGUACUCUGUGCAUUGGAUGGACUUGUUUGGUACUUGGGAUUUUCCUCUCUUAUAGUCAACAUCAGUGUUGUAAAUUUGCUAAACUGAUUCACUUACUCACAUUUAGCAGCAGGUUUUGGACUGCAGUCCUGCCAAUUUUGGACACUGAGGACCUCAGACUCUGAGCAUGUACACCUAAUCUGCAGAUCAAGCCUUUGCCCAGAUUUUAAGGAUUCCAAUGGACAACAUAUUUGCACAGUACUGCAUGUUGGUUAUCACUGCCUUUACGCCUUUUUUUUUUUUUUUGCUUCCAUUUGGGAUGGGGAAGGCAUGUGUGCACGUGCGCACGUGUGUGUGUUUGUGUGUGUGUGUGUGUGUGUGUGUGUGUGUGUACUGGCAAGGGGUUACAAGAAAUAUUAUCCCAAACUUUUUAAUGUAUUGCUUUUAUUUCCCCACCACCACCACUUCUGCUCUACCAUUUUAAGUUCUGACCUCAGGCCACAUCUCGGCCCAGGGCCUCUUGAAGGCCUAAUGUUUUCUGUACUUUGUGAUGAAUGUUAAUAGGUGUUUUUAUUAUACGAAGCUGAAUGUCAUUGAAUUGUUUGUAGUUUUUUCCGUCAUUCAUUCCAGUCUCCUUCAGAUGCCACCAUGUUUUCUUUAGCUAUGGAAAACAUUCCAUUUUGGUGUCUGUUUUUUUGAAAAGGUCCCAAAUGCUGCACUGUACACACCGAAGGGUCGUCCAACAGAGAGAGAGAGAAAAAAAGUACUGUAAGAAUGAGAAUGAAUGACAGAUGAACAUAGAAAUACUGUAGGAAGCAACAUAAAUUCAUUCCACAAAACAGGGUUUUUUUGAUUUUUGGUUUUGGUUUUUGAUUUAUUUUUUUUUUUGGCAGCAAUGGUGAAUGAAUAUUAGCAAAUGCCACAAAAUUGAACAGCACAAAGAAACAUAUGCAGCACCAACAGAAUUCACUUCAUUAGAGAAUGAAUACUACGGUGGCAGGCUCUCAGUUGUUUAACAUGAGUUUUAAUGGGCCAACAAAUCUUUCUGGAAUAUCUAAGAUUACCAAGCUGGAUACCUGUACAUUUAUUAUUAUUUUUCAUUUGCGAAUAGUGGUUGGAAAGAUGACUUCAUUAAACUGUUGUAAUACGUGGCGAUGUUUCUCAGUUAAAUAUCAGUUCAAUGCUUAGUGGCAUUAAUCUGUUCGAAUACAAAUUAGAUUUCAGAUUGAACUUGUUAUGGCAGUUAAUAAGGACUGAGCUCACUUAUGCUAAAGUGUUAAUAAUUUCGACUGUGCAAAUUCUGUACUGCAGUUAAGAUUGUUAUGCAAUAUUACACCAGCCAGUAUCAAAACCUCACAGUAGAAAACAGUAAACAGUGGGAUGGGGGAGGGGGAAGGAAAUAGCACUGGGGCUUGUUUGGUAAAACUGGCAGUGCUUUCAAAGCAAACAUUACAUACAGAAAGCUGUUGUUACAGGUCAGUACACUUCAGUCACCAAACACCUAAACACUUUCAUUCUGCAACCACUUUUCUGUCACUCAUUUAUUUAUGUAGGACUGUAGCUCUUUGUUUAAUUAUUAUUAUUUCAAAAAAAGCCUUUCAGAGCUUAAUUUAUAUUCUUCUUUGUACCUUCCCCCCCCCCCUAAAAUUACCAAAGAUAUUACACAAAGGUAAAUUAUGUUCUCUAUUAUAUGCUUUAUCUUAUGAAGCCAAAUAUCCUCUUAUUGUUGAUCAAGGGAGGUUGAAGAAUUUAGAGGGAAAUGACAAGAUAUGGGCUAUUGCUAACCUGAGAGAGAAACUGCUCCUUUAUUCUAGUAAAUUUAGCUGGCCAAGCAGAUGACUGAACCAAAGUUACUUUUUAUUCAUAUUCCUUUACAGCAACCAAACCGAAAUUCUGUAAAGAGAAAUUGAUAAGAGCUUUUGAGGUUAAAACUAGGAAACAGUGUUACAGGGGGAGCCAUAAGAAGCGAGCUGGAGAAAGCGAGUGCAGUUAUUUUGCAGAAAAUUGGAGUAUCAAAUAAAGGAGACAGUUUAAUAAAACACAAAAGAGAACAGAAAAGCUCCCACAAUUUUACUGGACCGCAUAAUAGUAUUCCUAGAAUGAAAAAAAAAUAAAAUAUUUUUGGGGUCUUUGUUUUUAUAGAUUGUAUGCCACUUUUGUUUAAGGAUUGUGCUAAGAUGACUGCUUUAAUUUUUGGUUUAUCUUGGCACAUUUGCUGAGUUUUGUUUAGUUUUUGAUCAGCAUUUUUCAUACGGAAAUAACACUCCUGUCCACACACAAGCUUUGGUACAAGACAUUUUAUUGGCAGUUACUUUUCUGAAGAUCAACUCUGCAUUCUGUUUUUAAACGAGAGAAAAGAAAAGGAAAAAAAGGGCAGUCUGUGGUCAUUUGAAUUUUUUUUUUUUAAUUAUAUCCAGGCAGCUUCAUGAUGUGCCGGCAGUAGCCAGAUGGGGAUCAUGAGAAGUGGUCCCUGUGCUUCUAAACUGAGUGGUUUGCUGGUUAGUUCGGUAUUCAAAAGAGGAUAAAAAUCUGGUAGAUUAGUUCAUUCUCAGCAUGUGUAGCUAGACAUGAGUAAAGAUAACAGCAUGAGAAACUGUUAGUACGCAUACCUCAGUUCAAACUGUUAGGGAAUGAGUAAAUAAAAAAUACAUUUCACUCAGUUGCACUUAGUUGUAUGUCUUGCAUGCUUAGUCUAAAGACUGUAGCAAAAUAAAGAAAGAAAAAGAGAAAAAAAUAAAAAUUAGAUUUUAACAUAUCUGGCAGGUGUCACAGCCUUGCAGAAGAACCAACUGAAAAUCUCAGGCUUUACAUCAAGCAAACUUCACUAUGAUUUUUACAGUUCUGAUUCUGUAUCCCUUUGGAUAUACAGUUGCUUCUUUAGGGUGGGGUUUAUUAUGUUGUACAUAUAUAUCCCAAUGUGUCUGUGUGAGCCUUUGUCUUUUUGGGGGGGGAGGGAGGGAGAAAAGGGGAAAAGGUCCCUUUUUUUAGAUACCAUUCCUCAAAAGGAAUAAAUGCAUACCUGUUUGUCAAAACACCUUUUGCUUUUUGUGCAACUGCUUUAUAUUAACUAUACUAAAAGAAAAUAGCUUUGGAAAAAAAAAACCUACUGUAUGUAAUGGAAUUGCAGAAUAUGCUGCACAUGUAUUUUAUUUAGUUAUCCUUGCUUUAAGAAUAUUGGAUGACAUUUGCUGACAUGUGGGAGAAAAUCCCUGACUUUUUUUUUUUUUUUUUGCUUUUAAAUUGUAACAUAGUUGACAGAUUAUUUUUUUCUCCUAUUAUCAUUGAUCGAAACUUCUUUUGUACAGUUUGUGUUAAGCUGGGGGUUUUUUUUGUUUGUUUGGGUUUUUUAAAUAUUUUCCCACCCCUUCUGUUAUCUUACCACUGCCAUUUCUGGCUGUCUUAAACAAAGGUUCAUACAUUUGAAAAGUGUUUUAAAAAAAAAAGUUGUUUUAAAAAUGUUUUUCUCCUGCUGCAGUAAAUAUUUUGCAUGAUGAAUUCCAGGGUCACACUUUCAAAGUUUAUCAGUGAAGUAGUGAUUAAUAAUGGGGCGUGUCAAACUAUUGAACUUUUGUAUAAAGAAAAAAAAAACUUUACAAGGUGCCAAGAUGUAAAGACAAUUUGUUACAUGUUUUUUUUCUCAAAGAAAAGCGUACAUUAUGAAAGUAGUACCAUGUAUCAGGUAAAUCGCUGUCAGGAAUGAGAGUCAUAGCCUUCCUUGUCCACAAAUAAAAGUUUGUAAAUGUAAAACCUGUUAGGUUUCUGCAUUUGACUAGAAGUGAUAUGAAAAAUCAAGGCUUAUGUAGAACAAUGGUGACCACAAAAUAUUACCUUUUUUGAUUGUCGCUUACGAGAGUUCAAGUAUAAUUUCCCACACUCUUCUUAAACUCAGAUUUUGGGAGAAAGAAUGGGGCAGGGAUUAUGAUUCUACAGAUACUGCAGAUCAUUAGCUAUUUUAUAUAUACGUCUGUAUAAAAGUUUUUAAAAAUAAUUUUAAACUAUUGUAGUUUUCAGAUUGCCAACAAGCUACAUUCCUUAUAGCGUGAAGAAUGUGUUCAACUCUUUUGAAAUCUUUGGUACCUUUGGUUAAUGUACUCAGACUGAAUUUUUAGAUGUUUCAGAAAUCACUUAGCGUUCUAGUCUUGAGAGUAAAAUUUGCAGUUAUGACUGCAUUUUAAUGGACCCAGAGUAGGUAACAAAAUAUCUUCUACCCAUAAGCCUUGAUGAAAAUGGUACAGUCCAGACUGUUAGCAUGGUGCUUCAUGUGUAUGUGCUGCCAGUAACGAGAUUUUUUUUUGAUAAGGCAUAAAAGAAACUCAUUCCUUACAUCAACUGUAAUUCCAUCAUUCCAUGUCUGUUGAUACAGACAAUAAAAAAUGUUGUGUAGUCAGUACUAAUUACUGACAUUAUAGCAUUCUCAAAUGCAAUAAAAUGCUGGUUGUUCACACUGGUAAUACAA